GGGAGAGAAAGGAUCGUUCUGUGGAAGUCCUCUGGCUGCUUUCAGUGAUCUUUUCUCUGCUCCGGUGACAGCAGCACAUUUGCAGGGGAGAAACCUGGAGGCUAUCCCCAGGGUGCCCGAGACCUCCAAGAAGACGGGAGCAACUGCAGAAGGAGACAAAUGAAGCUGUUGCUCUAUAAUCUCAUGGGGACAAAAACAAGGUGACUUACUGCUCAGAAGGAAACUUUGGAUGAGAUCUCUCGUCUGCCACCGUCGUGCUCUGCUACCCUGGAUAAUUCCAACACAAAACCAAGGGCGAGCCAAACUGUAUGCAUCAAAAGAAGAUGGACAUGGCCACGGAACAAGCUGAACAUAACCCAAAUGCUACCGUCAGCCUCAGCUUUGCUGCAAUCUACAAUCUCCAUGAUGGGGAUUUAACCUCCUUGCAAAACAUCUCCUUCCCUUUCAAUUUCAGUUACAGCGAUUACGACCUGCCACUGGACAGCGAAGACGACGUGACCAAAACCCGCACCUUCUUUGCAGCCAAGAUUGUGAUCGGGGUGGCUCUGGUUGGCAUCAUGCUGGUCUGUGGCAUCGGCAACUUCAUCUUCAUUGCUGCUCUUGCCCGCUACAAGAAGCUGCGAAACCUCACCAAUCUGCUGAUUGCCAACCUGGCCAUCUCAGACUUCAUUGUAGCCAUCGUGUGCUGCCCCUUCGAGAUGGACUACUAUGUGGUGCGGCAGCUAUCCUGGGAGCACGGCCACGUCCUCUGUGCCUCUGUCAACUACCUACGGACCGUCUCCCUCUAUGUUUCUACUAAUGCUCUCCUGGCUAUAGCUGUUGACAGGUAUCUGGCUAUUGUUCACCCACUGAAACCACGCAUGAAUUAUCAAACAGCAACCUUCCUAAUCGCCUUGGUCUGGAUCGUCUCCAUACUUGUAGCUAUCCCAUCUGCAUACUUUGCUACUGAAACGGUGUUAUUUGUCGUGAAAAACCAGGAGAAAAUUUUCUGUGGUCAGAUUUGGCCAGUUGACCAGCAGAUGUACUACAAAUCAUACUUCCUCUUCAUCUUUGGCAUUGAAUUUGUUGCACCUGUGAUUACGAUGACCUUGUGUUAUGCCAGGAUCUCUCGGGAGCUUUGGUUUAAAACCGUACCAGGAUUUCAAACGGAACAGAUCAGAAAGCGGCUUCGAUGCAGAAGAAAAACUGUUAUGGUACUGAUGUGCAUCCUAACUGCCUAUGUUCUCUGCUGGGCACCUUUCUAUGGCUUCACAAUUGUCCGUGACUUUUUCCCCACCAUCUUUGUGAAAGAGAAGCAUUAUCUUACUGCUUUUUACAUAGUUGAAUGCAUCGCUAUGAGUAACAGCAUGAUAAACACCAUGUGUUUUGUAACCGUAAAAAAUAACACCAUGAAGUAUUUCAAGAAGAUCAUGUUGCUCAGAUGGAGAUCAACGUACAAUGGAAGCAAAUCUAGCACAGAUUUAGAUCUGAGAACAAAUGCAAUGCCGGUCACAGAGGAGGUAGACUGCAUAAAACUGAAAUAAAUUUUCCCAGUUCUAAUCUCACAUAUUUUGGAGAGGAGGUGAAGAGGAAAUGAUGUCUCCUCAGAAGCUUCUCCCUUGUGUGUGGGAAUACCCACCAUUGGUGACAGCAGCCUACUAUGCAUUUCCACCAGGACUCUUUUCAUGGACUGCUGUAUAAUCCCAUA